AUGACAAAGAGCCCGGAGGAGCGGGCCCGGCGAAGGGGGGACCCGCCCGUCCCGCUGCUCCCCAUGUACCAGGCGUGCCCCGGCGGGGCUGCCCUGGGCUACCUGGAGCUGCACUGGGGCGAGCCAAGGCCAGCGCCCACGGCGGCCGGGCCCGCGGCGAUCGCGGCGGCCGGGCCGUGUCCCGAGGCGGCGGCGAGGCGGCACACAGCAGAAGUAUCCCCAGCUUCAUCCAGUUCUGGGAAUUUCAGCCAAUUCACACCAGAUUCAGCCACCAGUCCACAUUCGUCAUCCUCGUCCCCACAGCCUACAGCUAAGUGUCAGAAGGGCAGAGAGUGUGGCGUGGAGGGGAUGAGGAAGACCAAGAGCCGUACAGCUUUCUCCAAGGAGCAGCUGCAAACGCUGCACCAGCGCUUCCAGAGCCAGAAGUACCUCAGCCCCCAGCAGAUCCGGGAGCUGGCUGUGGCCCUGGGACUCACCUACAAGCAGGUGAAGACUUGGUUCCAGAACCGGAGGAUGAAGCUGAAAAGGUGCCAGAAGCACAGCCUGUGGAGCGAACGGGCUCAGUGCCUCACACAAAGUGGCUUCCAGACCAGUACUUACCUGGAUGUGCACCCCAAAUUCCACCAGGGCUACCCCAUCACCGCGGCUGGCAACAUCCAAACCAUGCCUGCCCCCUGUCAGCACUAUGGAGCAGGGCAGAACGCUUACACAAUCGUGACCAGCGAGGAUGGAGGAGUCUUUGGCAAAGGCGGGGGGACCUGCAGCGUCCAGCAGACAGUGGGCUUCAUUGCCCAGCACAAAGUAGACUUUUACCACAGCUACCCUGGCAGUAUGGAAUAUCCAGGCUCGAAGACAGGUGAUGGCUGUAAUUUUCACCACUCAGCCACUAUGGGGGCUCCUUUCCCAACCACUGCCAGCCAUCAUCUUUAUCAUUCCUAAGCACUGUUGAUGUGGGGUACUUGGUCAGCCAGAAAUCAGAUCUUCACAUCUCUC